CACCUGCUCUUAGGUUAGGACUGUUCAGAAAUAUAUCUAAAAACAUCUUUCAGAUAUUAGCAUGGCUCCACGAAGAACUAGAAAAGUGAGUCAGGAUUCAGACGGGCAGCUCGACGACCAGCACAGCUUUGAGCAGAAGAUCAGACUGACCAAGAGAAAAGAGCUCUUCAUACAGCAGUUUGAGAAGGAAGCUCAGGACCGAAUCAAUGAAAUGGAGGCCAAUUUGAACAAAUUACUAGCAACAGUGGACCGAGUCUUCAAAAUAGAGCUGAUGAAAAUGCCGCUGUCACUUCACACCACGCUGAUAAAAGACCUGAUGAACGAUGAUGACACGUCUGUUGGCGAGGUGACGAUGGCUCUUAAGUGUGCCUCUCCAGAAAUUCAGAAACCCCUGUCUCGAAAGCCAAGCAAAAAAGCUUUAAAUAAUGCCUCAGCAGGGCAACAAAGGUCGUCGAGUCAAAAUAAGACUCCAGUUGAAGGCCCAAAGAAACCCACAAAGAAGACCCUGCACAACAGUAAAAGCACUGGAAGUCUGAGAUGUACCUCAACUAUCAAUGCCAAAAGAACUCAAGGACGGGUUGUCAAACUCAGUGACCAAGCAAAUGCUUUAGGGGUUCAAUUUAGACAAACAAGUCGAUCUGUUGGAGAUGAAUUAAUGAUGGCUACAGCCACAAUAGUAACUUCCCAUGGAGAGACUCUGUUCCUUUCCGAGGAUAAUAAAGAUGAGAUCAAUGUUGAGCUGCUUGAUGACGCGGCUAUAGAUCAGAUGAGGAAGAUCAAGGAACUGAUGGAUUAUCUGUGUAACAAAGUGAGGAUCAAUAACACGUGCUAAUGCUUUUUUUUUUUUUUUUUAAUCCGUC